AUGUCUGGAUAUCCCGCGGGCGCUGGUGAGGGCUCGGGUUUGGAUUCUCUUCUCGCCCAGCUCCGUCAACAGAACAAGCCCAUUCAAUUGGAGCCUAGCUACAGCUACUAUGCGAACGGGAUCAAUAACAAUUACUUUGGCCACCCUGGAUCUGCUGCUGCUCAGCAGCAACAACAACAACAGAGCUACCAGCCAGCCUCAGUCUCUUCACCUAUUCCUACACCCCCAGUCGGCGGCAAUCAGCAACCCCAUCACUCCUCUGGCGUCAUGAGUCCGAUUGAGAGCCCAGCCCACCACUACCAACGUACUCCUGCUCCUGUGGGCGCGUCCUCCAAUGCCGACCGCACUUCAAGCUUACUCAACUUGUUGAAGUUCAGUCAGGCAUCUACUGAUACCCCGACCCCAGCUGCUCCGAUUGGCACACCUCUUUCUCCAACCCGCGAUAUCUCUGCGACAUAUGCCGGCCCAGGCAGUGCAUCGAACCAUGGUCGUGGGGAUUCUGAAUUGCUGGCAGCUCUCAUGGGCGCCCAAGCCAGAACUCCUCAGCAGGCGAGCCCUCAGUUUACACCUUCCUUACAACGACACCAAUCCACUUUCGGUAGCACGUCUCCUCCAGCUGUGGAUACACAAAACUACCUCCUCUCACUGUUGAAUCAACCGAAGCCGUCGCAAUCUGACGCGACUUCGCAAUUUAAGCCAGCGAAGGUUAUGACCCCGCCAAGCAAGGCCAGCUCCCAAGACGAUGUCGAUGAGCUUGCUCAAGCCUUGGAGGAGUCGACUAUCAAAUAUACCACGAUGGGAUCAGCAGCCACCGAGGGCAUUUCAUCGCUUGCAAAGGAAAACACCAGAGAGCCCACACCAAAGAAUGCACCAAGUCUAUUCACCUACGUCAAUCCUUUUGAACAACUUGCGGCAUCGUCCCCACGAAACCGCACACCGAAGAUCGCAUCAGCGGACUCGCCAUCUCUGGGUAGCUCCAAGAUCCAAAUUUUGAGACGCCAAGAGCCAUCAGACCACAAACGCAAGAACGAAGGCACUUCCGGUACAUCGAGCCCAGCUCACCUCAGACAAAAGAUGGAACCUUCUCCACAAGCCUCGUCUCCCUCACCUGCCCCCCUUCCGGACGGACGUACUCCGGUUGAAGCUUUGAUCGGCAUUGGCGCGGUAGAGAAGACAGGUGUUCAUGCGACUCUUAGCAAAGUCGGUGACCAGGCAGAUAAAGAAGUCCAGGAGGCUAUCACUCAUGCUGAAAAUGCAGAGGGCCAGGCAUCGAUCGAGAGAGAUCUUAGAGACAUGUUGGCAGCUACAACUGAGAAGGAGUUCGAGAUGACCGCUCAAAAUGCAGCUGCUGCCAUUAAGCAGGAGCUAGAGAAGGAGGAGUUCAGCGGUGCGCUCGAUAGUCUUCCGGCUCCCCUCGCUGAAGAAGUCAAGUCCAUCAUUGACGAGGCUGCCCAUGGCCACAUUGCAGAUAGCUGGGAGAGUGCGGAUGCUGAGGACAAUCUAGCCAAGGAGGAGGAUGACGUUGUGGUCAAGGUGUUCAACUUCCCCAUGAAGCCCUGGUCUGGUAUCACAAUUAAGGAGUCUGUGGAGGCUCGUCCCAACUUCCGCGACGAGGCCGUCAUGGAUGUGGCACGACUCAAGAAGGAAUUCGAUCAGGUCGACAGAACACUUGUCACUGCUUCCAACAAUUACAUCGUCUAUGGCAUGUCGAGCAAAGGCGGCGUGCGCAUCAUCAGACAGGAUGACGGCAAAGAUGCAAAAAUCUUCAUUGACGCACAUGAUCGCAUCUUCAGCGUUGUGACUUCCGCGUCCUCGGCCGAGCAGAAGGAGUGCGUUAUCGGUACUGGCAUCUCCGGCACCGUCUACUGGGCUCUCAUCAAGGAUGGGGAGAUUGACCAUAUUGAGGACAACCCUGAACUAUACGGCUUUGCUCUUCCCCCGAUCCAAUCCUCUGAUAGCGAAACACCUGGAGGUGUGUUGAAGACCAGAGCGAGAAAGAGCUCCAGUCACCCUGAGUUCUUCGCUGUUGGCCGUGGCAAGUUCAUUCACGUUGUUUGGCCAUCCAUCAUCCUCAAGCAGUCACUCUUGAAGAAUGGGAAGGAUCGUGUUGUGGACGUCGAGAAAUAUCUCAGCAAGCAGUCAUUGAAGGUCAAUACUGGCAAGGCUGGCAAGGACUUCACUUUCAGCGAAGACGAUACAAUCAUUGUAUCUCUCGACAAGGCUGGUAGAGUCAAAUUCUGGGACGUUCGCAGUCUCACUUCAGCUGAUAUCGGCGCUCAUCCAUCGCGUCCUCAGCAGAUUGAGAUCAAGGAACCUUUGCUGACCUUCACAACUAUCCCAGCCAGUGAGAAGUCAUGGCCAACUUCUGUUCUAUUUGUCGACAAGCUGCGACCAUAUCAACGUGGUGGUGCAUUGAGAUAUCUCAUCGUCGGCAUGAAGCAGAACCAUACUCUGCAGUUGUGGGAUCUUGCUUUAGCCAAGCCCGUCCAGGAAAUUCACCUCCCUCACAGCAAGGAAUCCGACGCCGUUUGCAGUGUUCUGUAUCAUGCAGCUACUGGAAUGAUUGUUGUUGGCCACCCAACUCGAAACUCCAUCUACUUCCUGCACUUGUCUGCUCCGAAAUACAAUCUACCAAAGAGCAUGACCCAAGCUGAAUACAUGGAAAAGCUCGUCGCAGCUGAUUCCUCACUUCCUAAGCCAGAGUCGACCGCUGUAAUCAGUGGAAUGCGUGAAUACUCCUUUGCCAACAAGGGCAUUCUACGAAGCCUCGAUAUUCUGCAAACACCAAAUUCUGCUGCUGCAAAAAACGCCGAGCCGGCAAGUCUGUUCGAGCUUUACGCCAUGCACUCGAAGGGCGUUACUUGCCUUACCAUCAAGCAGGCCGAUCUUGGCUGGACCUCCGACAACAAGGUCAUCUCCCCAAUCGAUGCCAAGGCCACCGGCGUCAUCACGAUCGAGACCCUCAAGGACCUGACUCCUCCAGUUGCCCCCGAGGUCAUCGAUUCUACUCCUCAUGCCACAGGCCCUACUCGUAUUGUCCCACGCCCCACCCCAAAGGAGCCCUCGAUCAAGGAGAGUCCGAAGAAGGUUCACCCGGGAGAAUCAUCGACAGCUGCGGCAAAAGCCGACGCUAAGGCUGAGAAAAAGGACCAGAACGCCAAUAGUGGCUUGGCUUCUGUUAACUCAGAGAAAUCCGAGAAGAGGAAGCGAAGAAAGGGUGCAACCGAUUCGGCACCAGCUGACGCCGGCCCAUCCUCUAAGCCUAUUGUCCUCGACCCUUCAUCUCAUGCUAGGAAUGGCGCUCUCUCGUCGAAGGCGAACGCCAAUUCCGAAUCCAGUGCCGCAGCUGGUGUUUCACAAGAACUUAGCGACGCAACACUCAAGAACAUCGAGGCUCGUAUAUCUGGCGAAGUCACGAAGGGGUUUGGUGAAUCUCUCGGCGAAGUCAAGAAGGGGUUCGGUGAAUCUCUCGAUACUCUUUACAGAAAUAUCAAGGACGAUCGACGCGCUCAAGGAGCUGUGUUUGAAGCUAAGCAGGACGCCAUGCUCCGCCUUGUGUCCAGCACUCUGGCUGAGAACAUGGAAACAACCUUGAGUCGUAAGAUCAACGAAGGUUUUCAGCAAUUCGUCAUUCCUGCAGUGGCCGAGGCUUCUCAGAAGGCCCUCAAUGAGAAACAACUUGGUCUAGCACUGAGCGCCCAGUUGAAAGAGUUCCAGAAGAUGGUGGCUGAAUCAGUUGUCAAGAGCGUUGCGUCUGCCGUCACACCGUUGCGUGAAGACAUCGCAGAUCUCCAUCGCCGAAACUUAGAUACGACCAAUGCUAUCAAACAACUGAGCGCUGCUAUCAAACAACAGAACGAUGCCAAAAAACAACAGAGCCAGGCAGACAGCGUCAAAAUUGAGCAAUUGACACAACUGGUCACUGCGCAACAGAAUGAUGCUAAGAAACAACAGAGCCAGGCAGAUAGCGUCAAGAUUGAGCAAUUGACACAACUGGUCGCUGGUUUGACUGCGACCAUUUCUUCAAUGGCUGAAGCACAGACUGAUUUCCAGGCUCAGUUUCUCAAGGUUCAGGAGCAAGCUGCGGCAGACAGACGCCAACUCACAUCGCAUGAAGGAAGCGCCAGUACCGGCACUGGCGGCCGCGCUCCGUCUAUUUCGAGACCUUCGACUUCUCAAACUGUUCACACUGUUCACAAUUCAGUCGUUGAAAAGACGGCUGCCGAGAAGGAGUACGAGACCGUAUUGAGCAACAUUAACGCAGCCAUGCAGGCCGGUAACUUUGACCAUGCCGUGGUUCAGUGGCUCCAAACUCGCCAGGAGCAAGUGUUCUACAGAAAAUACUUUGUCAGCUUUGAUCCCGAAUUUCUGCAAGGAUUAAGCCCACUCUUGCUCUUGUCCCUCGGUGCUACAAUCAGUCUCGACUUCAGUGGUGACCUUCUCCCUGAACGCAUCUCGUGGAUGGAGACUAUAGUCAGCUCUUUCCAAGCCCAUAUCAACGCAGGCACCAUUGAUCUUCAAGUUCGCGAUCUCGUUCCUAAGAUCAUGGGAAUCUACGUUCAACGCCUUGAGCACUUGUUCAUGCGCAUCAGUCAGGUCGCAGCUCAUGACCCUCUCCUCAAGAGACUGUCACUUCUGGUCGUCGCUGCAAACCGAGUUCUUGAGACAGCUGUGCCUGGUAGCGUCGCUUCGGCGUCUCACAUUGCUCGCAGUCAAUGA